CCAUAUUUUUACCCAGCCUUGGUUUCACCGCAAACGAAUUUCGCUUAAAUUGUUAGUUGUUUAGUUUCAAUCAAGAUUCUCGCGGUAGUUGGGAGAAAUGAGUUCCUUGGAUAAGAAAUACGAGUAUGUGAUACAAGCAAUUGAGCAUUUAAAGCAUAGAAAAGCUAGACCGGAUCUCGAAGGAAUCAAGAAUUAUGCUUUCCGACGCCACGGCAUUGAUCCCGUAACGUGUUGCGCGGACGUCGAUGAGCUCAUCGAUAGUGAACACAUUAUUAAAGUUGAAUUUAAGGGUCGCACCAGCUACCGCAAUGCUGCGAAAUACCUUGGACCGGAUGCAGCAAAUACAUCUUCUACAGUGGAAAGCUCACCACAACAACAGACCAGAGAUGCUAGUCCUGAACCAGUUUCCUACAGCUCUGCUGUCACAGCAGCUAUAGCAGCUAUCCUCUGCGAUCAACCAACUCCGCCAAGCCAAACAGGAGCAGUCAGCAUCAGAAGUAUUGCGAGCUAUCUGCAGUCAAGAGACCAUGGAAGAUACUCCAGAAAGUACAUUGAUAAUCUCAUUGAACGAGAGAUUGCAGCAUGCAACAUAGCUUCAAUCAGCAAGGAGACCUUCACCUUACCACCAAGUGUUUUGAAGAAUCUUGACCGUAGGUGGAAGCAUGAACACAUGAAGAGCAAAAGAAAAGCUAGUGGAGCAGCUGAAGACUUGAACAAGUCAAAGAAUCAGUUGAACAAGAGUAAAAAUGUUCCUAGCAAAGUGGAAAAGUCUCCUCCACCCACUCCUCCACGUCCAGAGCGCGUCGGUCAAAGAAUGAAGAGAGCCAAGAAAGUGUUUGACCCAUCGGACGUGGAGGUUAUCCCAAGGAAACGCGGUCGUCCUGUAGGAACUGGCAAAAAGAACCGAGAAUUGCGCAAUAGCUUCGCCACGACCCCGGAGCGAUCCAAAAGUCCGUUCCUCCUAACAGGAUCAUCGCCCCCUAAUAGCUAUUCCCAUUCCGAGUUCAAAGCCUGCCUCCUCUGCAAGUAUUAUACGGUCAUUUUGCGAGGCGUUACUUCGAAAAUGCUCGUCUGCUCAGAAUGCAAUCGAAAUGUUCACGCCAAAUGUUUGGGAUUCGACCAGGACGUUUUGCCUCGCGUUCCCGAAUCGGAAUGGAAAUGCCCCGAUUGCCGCCCUUGCAGCGUUUGUAAACUGGUUCAAGAACAAGACACGGUUUUGCUGUGUUGCGAAUGCGACACCACUUUUCAUCGUUCUUGCUUGACUUCUCCGCCAGCUACAAUGCCAGAUGGCUGUUAUUGGACUUGUGACGACUGCCGAGCCAACGAGUCGGUCGAAAAGACUCCCGUCAAAGAUAGUUCAUCCGAAGAAGGCAAAGUCGAAAAUAAGAUCUCACCGUCACCGUUCCAGCCCUCGGCGCCAAUUAGUCUCGGUCCUUGGGUGUUUGGCACGCGGCAACUGGAACUGAAGGGUCCUCCGUUCGAGUGGGAUUGCGUUCCGAACCCCGACCCGACCAUUCCAGACGCUUCUCAGUGGACCUCCGAGGACGUUCAGAGUUACUUUAGUCGACUGGGGUUCGAAGAACAGGCCACGUUGUUGCGCCACAAUGAAAUCGACGGUCCGUCUCUGUUGCUAAUGAAGAGAAACGACAUUGUCGUCAACAUGGGGUUGAAGCUGGGCCCGGCAGUCAAGAUCUACAACCAUAUCCGUCGUCUGCAGACGCGUCGCGAUGAUCUACUUUACGCAUAAGUAUGCCUGCAAGCUAUUAGACUCUUGUCGUCAAAACCAAUAAAACAAAUCGUAGCAAAAUGUGGAUGUGCAAGGAGUUGCGGAAAAAGAAGGAGAAAUUGAGACAUGGAAAAUGUGUAUCAUCUUUUCGUCCCUUCCUUGUUGUAAUCAUCGUCACACUUUUACAAUAAAAGGAAUACGAAAGCU